AUCACAAAUUCCCGCCAGUUACCUCCCGCAAGUGCUUCAGGACACAAAGGAGCAUUUUGCUGUUUAAUAGAAGAGUGUAAUUGUUUAUUUGUUUAGACAUUAUCUUGAGACCCUUUUGUUUUCCAGAUAACGUAAUUGAACAAGUCGAGUUUUAGAUUGAAUGACUUUGAUUUCUUUUUCAUUUGAGUGCAGUUGACAGACCAGAGUAUAGCUAGCUAAGUUAGCUAUCUAGCAUUAGCACAUUCAGAAAGUUAGCCCACUUAGCUGACCUUGGCUAAAGACCCUUGCUGAUUGACAGGAGGAAACUAACUGAACCAGCAAAUACCAUACAAUGUCAAAAAUGAAAGCUACAGAGGAUCAGGUUGUUGAGGAAAUCCCUGGUUUACAGGAUGAUGAGGAGUCCUUCUUCCAAGACAUUGACCUCCUACAGAAACACGGGAUUAACAUGGCAGACAUCAAAAAGAUGAAGGCAGUGGGGAUCUGCACUGUGAAAGGCAUCCAGAUGACGACUCGUAAGGCUUUGUGCAACAUCAAGGGCCUGUCAGAGGCAAAGGUGGAAAAAAUCAAGGAGGCUGCUGGGAAGAUGCUGAAUGUGGGUUUCCAGACCGCCUUUGAGUACAGCACGAAGAGGAAGCAGGUGUUCCACAUCACAACUGGGAGCCAGGAGUUUGAUAAACUUCUGGGUGGAGGUAUAGAGAGCAUGGCUAUCACAGAGGCCUUUGGAGAGUUCCGCACAGGAAAAACCCAGCUGUCGCACACACUCUGUGUUACUGCCCAGCUGCCAGGCGAGGACGGCUACUCAGGCGGGAAAGUCAUCUUCAUUGACACAGAGAACACAUUUCGUCCAGACAGACUGAGAGACAUAGCUGACAGGUUUAAUGUGGACCAUGAUGCUGUGCUGGACAACGUGCUUUACGCCAGGGCCUAUACCAGUGAACAUCAGAUGGAGCUGUUGGACUUCGUAGCAGCCAAAUUCCACGAGGAAGGAGGAGUGUUCAAACUGUUGAUCAUCGACUCCAUCAUGGCUCUGUUCAGAGUAGACUUCUCUGGUCGAGGUGAACUGGCUGAGCGGCAGCAGAAACUGGCACAGAUGCUCUCCAGACUGCAGAAGAUCUCUGAAGAGUAUAAUGUAGCGGUGUUCGUCACCAACCAAAUGACAGCUGAUCCCGGUGCAGGAAUGACGUUUCAAGCUGAUCCCAAGAAACCAAUUGGUGGACAUAUCCUGGCUCAUGCCUCCACCACACGGAUCAGCUUGAGGAAGGGCCGUGGAGAGAUGAGGAUUGCCAAAAUAUUUGACAGUCCUGAUAUGCCUGAGAAUGAGGCCACUUUUGCGAUCUCAGCUGGGGGAGUAACUGAUGCCAAGGAGUGAACGAUAAAAGGAAGAGAGAUAUGUUAGUACAGCUCCCUGAUCCAGUCAAUGUUAUUUAAGGUAUUUUAGAUUUGUUUAUUUAUUGAGCUUUAACUUCAUAUUGACCUCUGAAUGUUACACUGGCCAUCUCGUGCUGUGGUGCUGACAUAUUUAUUCUGUUUAUAUGCAAUGUAGUAUUUUUCACAUGUUCAAAGAUAUUAAAAUACACAACUACAACAAAGA